GCUGUCCACCCACCGAGAAACUUGAGCGAAUGACACUCUACUCGUCGAUCUCAUGUUCUCGCUCACGGCAAACCAUAUCGACCCUCUCCAUAUGGCAGGGCUGAAGAAGUACAAAUGUCAAUGAAGACUUGGGCUAUGGACUCGCAACAUCGUCUUCCUCGAGGAGGGUCUCACUAGUGAGACCAGUGCCUCCACUCUCUCGUAGUAACCCUCGGGCUACAUCAAGACGUACGACUGUGACAGUAACAGCAUCAUGCGAGUCCUCAUUCUCGGAGCAACCGGACGCUGCGGCACCCUCUUCGUCCGCGAGGCCCUUGCCGCUUCGCACAGCGUCGUCGUGUACGUUCGAUCGCCCGAGAAGCUCCCCGCGGACCUCGCGUCUCAUCCGCAAGUCACGGUGCACAAGGGCACGCUCGACGACGCAUCCGCGCUUUCUCGCGCCCUCUCCGGAUCUAUCGGCGCACAAGACAACUCCAACCAAGAUCAAACCCAGCCACCUACCCCCGUCGAUGCCGUCCUCAGCGCCCUCGGCCCGCGCACUAACAUGCUCAACCCGCACCCGGCAGGCGAGCCCCUCGGUCACGCGCACUCGCUCCUCAUCCGGCUCAUGAAAGACGCCGGCGUGCGUCGGCUCAUCGCGCUCGGCACACCCACCAUCGACGACCCGCUCGACAAGCCAGCGCUGACGAACACGCUCGCAGUGGGCGUCAUGCGGUUCACGUCGCCGACGACGUACGCGGACAUCCGUGCUGUCGGGCGCGUGGUGCGGGAGGAGGGCGAGGCGGCAGGGCUGCAGUGGACGCUGCCGAGGGUGCCUCUGCUCAAGGAUGGGCCUGGGAAGGAGUGGUAUGUGGGGUAUGUUGGGGACGUGAAGGGAGGGUUUUAUCUCAACAGGGCAGCAUACGCUUCGUUCGUGAUCCACGAGCUGGAGCAUGGAGAGUGGGUUGGGAAGGCACCUGUGAUAACCAAUGCCUAGGCUUGUACUGUGUGUAUCUCCAUCGCUCCGAUGUCUAAUUCAUCAUAAACUUAUUCAAUAGCCUUCCAAGUCGUUAUCAUCGCUCAUUUAUCGUCUCCAAUUUUCAACUUCUUACGAUUGAACACGAAAUAAUACAUAUUGCGC